UACGGCUUCAGCCUCUCCCGAAGGCGGGGAGGCGGGCUUUUCUCCUGCUCGUCUCUGAGCUUGUGGCAGCAGCAACAGCGGCAGCCUCCGCUUCCUGGUCGGUCACCUGAGGAGCAGGAAGGAGCCCCGGUGGUGGCCCCUCUCUCCCGCCUUGGUUCCUGGGCCGCCGCCGCCGCCGCCGUCAUGGCGUCGCUCUUCAAGAAGAAGACGGUGGACGAUAUAAUUAAAGAACAAAAUAAGGAGCUAAGAGGCACCCAGAGGGCAAUAGUAAGAGAUCGAGUAGCUUUGGAGAGACAGGAAAAGCAACUGGAAUUGGAAAUAAAGAAAAUGGCUAAAACUGGAAACAAAGAAGCCUGUAAGGUUCUAGCAAAACAGCUUGUGCAACUGCGAAAACAGAAAACUCGAACCUAUGCUGUUAGUUCUAAAGUUACAUCCAUGUCAACACAAACAAAACUGAUGAACUCACAGAUGAAAAUGGCAGGAGCAAUGUCAACAACAGCAAAAACAAUGCAAGCUGUUAAUAAAAAGAUGGAUCCACAAAAGACACUGCAAACUAUGCAGAACUUCCAGAAAGAAAACAUGAAAAUGGAAAUGACUGAAGAAAUGAUCAAUGAUACCCUGGAUGAUAUUUUCAAUGAUUCUGAUGAAGAACAGGAAAGUCAGGAUAUUGUGAACCAAGUCCUGGAUGAAAUUGGUAUUGAAAUAUCUGGAAAGAUGGCCAAGGCUCCUUCAGCUGCCAGAGGCAUGCCAUCUGCAUCAGCAUCCCAAAGUGCCACAAUUUCUGAUGAAGAGAUUGAGCGGCAGCUCAAAGCCCUGGGUGUAGAUUAACCCCAUGGUGACGCGCAACCUGCCUUCUGCAAUUGCUCCAGUGCUGGCAUGCACAUGAAUGUGCAAGACCAGUAUCAAUAAAAACCAAAUUCCUUUGCAAGAUCUUGCCCGAGCCAUCUUUGGUGACAAUGAAUUCUAGAAGCAGUUGGAACAAUUAGUUGGAAUCAGUUGAGACAGAACAUCACAACAUGCAAAUAAUGCAGAAUGUGUACACAUUUGACCAAAUUGGAUUCUGCUGUAAACAGGAACAACUGUUACAUAUGAUCUAAAUUUGGAUUGGGUACAAUAAGCUUUUUCUCCAAAAAGCAUCAACACUCCAUUUUUCAUUCAGGUUUCUAACCUUUCUGAGGCUAUUGCAAGCAGCCUUUCUAGAAGCAUUUCAUUUACGUAUCUGUUGCAAGUACACCAAGAGACUUCUUAAUUUAUGGUAUUAAAUAAAACCUCACUUUUUCUUUCAUUUGGAAGGUGGCUGUUGUAUUCUUCAAGCAGAAGAUGUAUUUAAAAGUAUAGUGGGAUUUCAUUAAGCGCCUUUCUAGGAAAUCAUUUUUUAUUCAGCCUUGUUUUAAAAUACACAUUUCUAAUAUAGUCCCAAGGUUUUAGAACAGUGCUGAUAUAUAAUUGUCUUCUUGGAAGCAAGGUUGUGGUCUAAUAAUAUGUUAUGCUAGGAAAACGGUUUUUAGGGAACGUACUAAAUAACUUCCAUUGUACUGUAACACAGCUAACUUGAAGGAAUUCUGUGCCUUUGUGUACAUAGGGUGAGAUCUUCAUGCACUGAGGUUCCUCCUUCCUCUCCUCUCCCUGCAGCCUCCUGUGUGUCCCCAAAAUCUGCUCUGGGGUGCACAAGGGGGCUAGAGGGUAAAGAGAGCAGCAGGAAGUUCAGUUGCACAAGUGGAUUUCCAUUGCACAAGGAGGUGAACAUCAUUGGAUGUUGCCCAUUGUGUUUGGUUUAUUUUAAUUAAGCUUAGAAUUGUGGAAAUAAUGUAAUGUUAAAGCCAUUAUCUCAACUUACAUAGCACUGAAAGAGUUAUGUGAACUCAACCACAACCGCUGCUACAAAGUAUGUAAUCUACUACCAACACCUGAAAUUACAUAUUUUUCACUGAAUAGCAUUGUACAUAUUGCUAUGCAUUUUUCAUUGAACAAGUGUUACCUUUGAAAAUAUACCGGUACUUUAUUGUCCAUAUAAUAUGUUUGUUCUGUUUUAUAUCCAGUUGUUACACACUAAUUGGAAUUAUGUAUGCUUGACUAUUUAAAGGUAAUAGGUUCACUUGGUUAUAAAAUUGCGCCUAAUAUAGUAAAAUAGUGGGUGGGACUUGAUGUAUUAUAGGGAACAUAAUUCACAUUGUGAAUUACUGCCGGUUGUGAAAGGGGUUUUCUAUUCCUGAACUUCUUCAUGGCCCUGAUACUAAUUGUGAGAAUGUAAAUUACCAAUAAAAUGUCUGCUGAUUGUUUAUGAAGAACAGGAAAAUAAAGUAAUUACUGUGACUAUCAACUAACAAGAUACACCAUAGGAAUAAGGCAGCAGCAGCAGCAGCAGCAUUUGCCAGCCUAGGUCUUCAUUUUAGUAUAGAAUUAUGAUUUUUUCUGAUUAAACAUAGGAUCAAAGCAAUCAAGUACAUAAUUUGAUUUACAAUUUGGUUUUGUAAUUACAUAAAAUAGAUUCUAUGUGGCUACCUUCAGUAAGAUCUCCUUUUUAUGGAUUUUGUAAAAAUCAAAUAAAAGCUUUUAGCUCCUUGA